GUUUGCAGACACAAAGAUGGGAAUUUGUUCUGUGUUUUUUUCCUGCUUUCGGUUGGAGCUGUUUUCGACCUCUGUUUAAUUGUGUUUGAGCUCUGUUUGAGCUCUGUUUGAACUGUUUGACUAUGUUUAAACUGGUUGAUCCAUUUUUCUCUAAUCUCUCAAUAAUAUAAGCUAAUCAUAUAUCUUUUUGGUCGAUAGAGAUUUGCAGUCUGUUCAAUUCAACAUGGAAGACGUUCAAGUUCUUCCUUCUCGAAAUCCCCACCAAUUACUCAUUCAACCUAAAAAUACCAUCUUGGGACAGCUCUCUGUUCAACCAAGUGAUUUAAUCACUUAUGCUGGGGGUUCUAAUCACCUGGAAACAAUAAAUUAUAUCUAUGAUUUAGAGAAAACAAGGUUUUUUCUCAAAUCCUUUCUUGCUCUAGUUAUACUGGAAUACCUCAUGGCAUUUCUCAAUUUGCCCUUUGAUCAAAUAGAAAAAAGACCAGUCUUAUCUCUUUUAGCAUCCUACUAUCACCUAAUUUUGUUUGCCAUUUGUUCUUGUAUUUUACCUCUUUCAUCAACAACUAUCCCAAAUUACACUGCUUUAAAACUACAUAUUUUUACUGUCAUUGUACAAUUUAUUGGUUUUAUUUUAUAUCUUGCUUCGUUAAUUUUGAUUCUUCCAAUCGACAAUCUACACUACAAAGCUUAUUCUUCCCAUAAUCCCAAAACUUUAGAAAUCUCAAAUAAUUCAAAUAAUUCAAAUAAUUCCAGCCAUUUAAAUGGUACAAAUAGUUCAGAUGAUUCAAAACAUUUAAAUUCAAUUUUUAACAAAGAUUCUUAUUCCACUGAAAUGAAUGACAUUAAUAACUACAUUGUAUCCAAUCUAAAAAAAAGAUUUACUAAUAAUAAUCUAACAAAAAACAACUAUAAUGUAACGUUUUAUUUAAAAGUUGUAAUAUUAAUUUCACUUUUCAUCUCUUUCUUAACUUUAAUCAAUUCUCUAAUCAACGCUCUUUAUCAUUUUAAUGCUUUAUCAAGAUUAUUAAACAAAAAAAGAAUUCGAAAUAAAUCUCAAUUCAAAAACCAAACCGAUCUUCAGGAUCAAAUUGAUUAUAACACUUUAUUAAAAUAA